AAACGACACUUUUAUAGUAAAAGGACAGGAGAGAAUGCUAUCAGAAUUCCUAGAUACUCUCUAUUACCUGAAGGCUUAAACAGAAAUGUAACAAAGCCUAGAAGAAAAAUGUGCCUUGCUUGAGAAUGAAACACAAUUCAUCAUUUACUGCGGCUUAAUGUGAUUUGGGUUCAUUGCAUUAGUUAGAAAAAAUGAAUCAAAGGAGACCUGUUUUGGAAGAUAAAAGUCAAUCAAAAUUCCACACACCUGACAAGAGGAACAGAAGUAAAGACAAUCUUCUGAAGAAUGCUGAAUUUGAUGAGGACUGUUAUGGCUAUUAUGGACAUUACCAUAGUGAGUGUGGACUUCAGACUCGACAGACUUUGGCCAAGAAUAGGAGACAGGCUGUGCGGGGUGCUGCUUAUAUGUUCAAUGCCCAUCCCAAUAGUCUUACACCGAUAGAAGAGCGUUUUCUUGAUGCUGCUGAGUAUGGAAACAUUCCAGUAGUGCGCAGAAUGCUUGAGGAAAUCCCUGGGCUAGAUGUGAACUGUGUGGAUUACAUGGGCCAGAAUGCAUUGCAGCUGGCAGUGGCAAAUGAACACCUUGAGGUCACUGAACUUCUGUUGAAGAAAGACAACCUAUCUCGUAUUGGGGAUGCACUACUUUUGGCCAUAAGUAAAGGCUAUAUAAGGAUUGUGGAGGCCAUCCUGAGCCACAAGGCCUUUACUGACUCCAGAAGACUGACAGCCAGCCCAAGACAGGCAGCGAUGCAUGAUGAUUUCUUUGCAUAUGAUGAAGAUGGGACACGCUUUUCUCAUGAUGUCACACCUAUCAUACUAGCAUCUCACUGCCAUGAGUAUGAGAUUGUGCAUAUUCUCUUGGGGAGAGGUGCUCGCAUUGAGCGGCCUCAUGACUAUUUCUGUACCUGUGACACCUGCAACUACCAUCAGAAGUAUGAUUCCUUCAGUCACUCACGUGCACGAAUCAAUGCCUACAGAGGGCUGGCCAGCCCAGCCUACCUUUCACUCUCCAAUGAAGACCCUGUGCUGGUUGCCUUAGAACUCAGCAAUGAGCUUGCAUGCUUGGCAAACAUUGAAAAGGAAUUUAAGAAUGAUUAUAGGAAGCUCUCCAUACAAUGUAAAGACUUUGUAGUUGGACUUCUGGAUCUGUGUCGAAACACUGAGGAAGUGGAGGCCAUUUUGAAUGGUGAGGAAGAUGAGAACUGUGAACGACCUCCACGGCCAAGCCUCACCCGACUAAACCUUGCAAUAAAGUAUGAACUGAAAAAGUUUGUGGCCCAUCCAAAUUGUCAGCAACAACUUCUCUCAAUCUGGUAUGAGAAUCUGUCUGGACUUAGACAGCAGACCACAGCUGUCAAGUUAAUGGUGGUCUUGGGUGUUGCAGUAGGACUGCCCUUCUUAGCCAUGGUAUACUGGGCAGCACCAUGUAGUAAGCUAGGGAAGCUCAUGAGAGGCCCAUUUCUGAAGUUUGUGGCUCAUGCAGCUUCUUUCACUGUUUUCCUUGGCUUGCUGGUUUUAAAUGCAGCUGAUCGUUUUAACGGGACCAAACUGUUGCCAAAUAUGACCAUCCAAGACUAUCCAACACAGCUGUUCCGCAUGAAAACAACUCCCUUCACUUGGAUGGAGAUGCUCAUUAUAUUCUGGGUCACAGGGAUGAUCUGGGCAGAAUGCAAGGAGAUCUGGUCUCAGGGUCCAAGAGAAUACUUGCUUGAACCCUGGAAUAUGCUGGAUUUUGGAAUGUUGGCCAUUUUUAUAGCCUCCUUCGUGACAAGGAUCAUGGCAUUCUGGCAUGCACAUGUAGCACAAAGCUAUGUUGACAAACACUACACAAAUAUAACUUACAUAACUUUGCCCACAGAGGUAGAGUACUUCCGACUUGCUCGAAUCAGCUGGAUGUCAUCAGAUCCACAGCUGGUUUCAGAAGGGCUCUAUGCCAUUGCAGUGGUUUUGAGCUUUUCUCGAAUCGCUUACAUUCUUCCAGCCAAUGAGAGCUUUGGGCCACUGCAGAUCUCUUUAGGAAGGACUGUAAAAGACAUCUUCAAGUUCAUGGUGAUCUUCAUUCUGGUCUUCUUAGCCUUCAUGAUUGGAAUGUUCAACCUGUACUCAUAUUAUCUGGGUGCCAAACAGAAUGAUGCAUUCACCACCAUAGAGGAGAGCUUCAAAACAUUGUUUUGGGCAAUUUUUGGACUCUCUGAGGUCAAAUCAGUGGUUGUGAACAAUGGACACAAGUUCAUUGAGAACACAGGAUAUGUUCUCUAUGGAGUAUACAAUGUCACCAUGGUUAUUGUCUUACUCAACAUGCUCAUUGCCAUGAUUAACAGCUCCUUCCAGGAGAUUGAGGAUGAUGCAGAUGUGGAAUGGAAGUUUGCCCGUGCCAAGCUCUGGUUCUCUUAUUUUAAAGAGGGCAGAACCCUCCCUGUGCCCUUCAACUUGGUGCCGAGCCCCAAGUCUGUGCUAAGGCUGGGCAUGGGUCUAAAGGCUCUGUUACUGAAGCUCUUCCACAAACAUUGUGCCAUUCUGAAAGGCGAGGCAGAACUCAGUGAGUUAGGAGAGAGCAAAGCCCCCAGAGAUUCAAGUCGCCGAUAUCAGAAAAUUAUGAAGCGCCUCAUUAAGCGAUACAUCAUAAAAGCUCAAAUGGACAAAGAGAGUGAUGAAGUCAAUGAAGGUGAACUGAAGGAAAUAAAGCAGGACAUUUCCAGUUUGCGCUAUGAGCUGCUGGAGGAAAAGGCUCACAGCAUGGAGAACGUAGCCGAACUUGUCUGGAGACUUGAAAAAAAUCUGUCUCUUUUGACUGAUCAUGAAUGAAAUCUCAUGCAGUACAAUAUUUGUACAUUUGUCUAUUUGUUUGUGUAUUGGUUACUGCCUUUGACAAACUGACAAGGAAUAUUUACUAACAUACCAGUUAAUUUGAAAACGUUCAUUGCUAGAAAAUGUGUUUAGUUAUGUAAUGACAAGUAAUGAAGUAUAACCUAAAAGAAAUUAUUGGCUUCAAGCCAAACUAAUUGAAAAUAUGGCAUUUAUUGAUCUUAUAAUCAACUAUUAUAGCUCACUGAAUGAAUGCUUUCAUGACUCGUAUAGGGAACAAUAUGUAUAAAGAGAGCCAUGUUUUAUUUUCUCUUAUAUCGUCCAUUCUUUUCCUUUUUUCUUACCUUGUACUAUCUUAAAUAUAAUUAUAAAACUGUUGGCAACAUUAA